AUGUAUCAUUUUACAAAGUGCAUCAUGGACGAAUGUGCUUUAAACAGUUGCCUAGCAACGGCGUGGUCCAGUCAGGCGAGCCAAGGCCCGUGCCGGGCAACACGACGUGUUAAAAUGGACAUCGUACGGGGCAGCCUGGAGGAGAUUUCGCGUGCGCCCUCUUCGGGACGGACCAGGCCAGGGAGCCGCGCGGGCAGUGCUGUGGCUGGGGAGCGGUCCCGGUCCAAUGUCUCUCCUGCAGGAGGGGCCCUAGAGGUCUUGAGUCCUGAACCUCCAGCCCUAAAGGAUCGUACUAUUUCAAUAGAAGAUAUUAGCGAUUUAUCUACUGACUCUGAUACAUGUUUAAAUGAGGACAUAGUUGUUCAAAAAUACAACUUUGAUCCAACUGCAAAUGCUGAUAAAAUGUUAAAAAUUAGUCCAUGCAUUUUGGAAACCAGGAUUGGUAGCCCUACUGAGUCGGAAGAAGAUCAAGAAGAGCUCAAUACUAUUGCAUUUGCUGGGAAAAAUACCAGUCAAGAGACUCAAGAAGUUGCAGAUCAUACAGUUGACAAUAGGGUUCAGAAAGCUCUGGAGAAGAUGAAGAAAUUGGACAAGAUUUUAUUACGGAAGCAGGAGAGAGAAAAUGAAGUGAAGAGAGAAGGUAGAGAGCUUUUACAAACAUUGUGGAAAGAACUGCAGAAUGGGGAGAAUGUAAGUGUUGAAGAAGAAGAAAAUACAAGGAAGUAUUUAGCCUUGAUCCCACCUACCAGCUGUGCAUGGGAUGAUGACAGCUUUGAUGGGGCUCCAGUUACGCCACUUUUUCACACCCAAGUACCUUUUGAAGAAAAUAAUGAAACACCUACACGGCAGUGUGGGUCAAGAUUAACAAAAAGCUCAUCCAACAGAACCCAACGCCACAGUGCAGAUGGCGCAUCAAUGCGUGGAAUCUACAAAGAAUGUAAAUCAAAGACAAAUCUUCAAGAAAGUGAACGCAAUUUCAUUCGAAAGAACAUAGAGAUGGUGCGAGAAGUGGGAAACCCAAUUCAAAUAACGGAAGAUGAAAAGAGCAGGCUUUUGCACCUUCUACAGGACAUUGAUGAGUCAGAAGAUUCACAUGCUGAUUCUGAGGACAAGCAAGCAGUGGAGUGUGCGGUAGUGAUGGCUGGCGAGGGCUACGUGCCCGAGGUGAAUGAGCAGCAACAGCUGGAGGAGAUAGACAGCCGAUUGCAUUCCAUCCUUCCUGCCGAGCAGUUCGCCCUCAUCAGAAGCACACCUCACCUCGACUGCCACUCCUUUCAGCAGGAGCCUGUGUUGAAUGGAGACGCAGUUGGGGACGGCCCAGGAGAAAAGGCUCUCCAGGACUUCAGGGAAACACGUGAGCUCCAACAGCGCCUGCAGGAAAUUGAGCUACAGUUGGAAAGACUACAGAAUGCAGCAGCAGAGCCGGAACUGACAAGUCUUAGUGAGUUGGACUUGCGCCUGUUACUGAGCAAGUGCCCAGGCUGGGAGGAAAACUCGUCUUGUGAAUCUACGCCUUGUGGUACCGCUUCACCGAGACUGCCAAAGGCAGUGUUCACAAAGCUCUGCCAUGAAGGUCAAGGGAACAUAAGUGUGGCAAGGCACUGUGGUGAAGAGGCUCCAGAGAUGAAUUCCAGUGGGGGCAACCUGCAUGAGGUGCUUUCAAAGAGCGAGCAGUCAGACAACAUGACACCUCAUCUUUCUGAGCAAUCAGAAGAUGGGGUUGAGACUAACGAUUUGGAGAGCUGCGACAGGGAAUGCUAUUACAUGAAAAAGGCUCUGAAACUUAAAAGGGCUAAAAAACCUCUCUCUCCCAGUAAUCCAAAUUGUGGCCAUGACAGCAUUUCUAUGCAAUUUGAACCGAGAGAUGAAAGCACUAACGUUCAGCAAGCAGACGGGGGAACAUUGAGUCUCCAACUGGACCGUGAUCAGACAAGCUUGAGCGAGUCUGUUUUUUCAGACCUUUUAUAAAGAAGGAAUGCAGGGAGGAUAGCGAAGGAAGUAGAAUUCCCAGAGCCACAUUUCUUUAGAGACAUUGUGUAUUACAGACCUUACAUUGGUGAAAUAUUGAUUUUUUUUUUCACAGACAUGUUUUUUUCUCAUGCAUAAUUUAACAAAUUAUUUGUAAAAUAUUGCUUCGUAUUUUUACUUGAGUUAAAGAAUUUCCUUUUGCAAUUGGCCUUGGUUGUUUUUCUUACAUUUUCAAAGGGUACUCUGUGGAGUAAAUGUGUUUUAUGUAAAUACAGAAAACUUUGUUAAUGUUUUAAAUAUCCAUGAACUACCACAUUACAAAAUGAAAACAUUUCAGUAAUGAAUAUUUUUUUACAUAAACAUUUUUUGCCAUGGGCUCAUGGGAUUCACAAGCCAAUUAAAUUACAACUGGUCAUGAUUUAUAUUUAAAGGGAAUUCCAGUGACCAAUGGCUUGUGCAUUCAAGGUGACGGCGUCACGACAUAAAUGUCUCAAAUUUAAGUGUAGCUAAGCUCAAAAUUAAGGGCUUAGAUUGGAAUGUUCUAUUAAAUAUCCAAUGGGGUUUUUCUACGAUAAUAAGAGUAGAAAUUUUGCACGAGCAAGCAAUUCUUGACGAAAACAAAUUGGCGUCUUGUUUAUGUAAUUUACAAAUCAUAUUAUUCUUUCUGGCAUAUAUGAUUAUAAACUGCUAAGUUUACCAUCCUAUGUGGGUGAUUAUGUUAUUUGAAAGUCUUAAGUGAAUGUAAAUAUUGUUCGAUUGUGUGCCGAUCUCAUUUUAAAGGCAUGAAAUGGAAAUAGUCAAUGUGGGUGUUUCGUACGCAUCUGCAUUAUAUGUUGUUUAAUGUAUACUGGGGUAAACCACACUUCUACGGAUUAAGCUCCUGAAGAUAAUUAAGAUUGUGAAAGAAAGUCAGUCCUUUCACAAGACACAAAUAUGAACUUGUCCAUUUUCUGUACAGCUUUCCCUUGACUGAAAAUAAUUCUGACAUGGAUAAUUAUUCAAAAUGUUGUUAUUCUGUUGUACGUAUUAAAAUUGAAGACGUCGUUGUUUAUUGACAAAAUAUAAUAAACAUUGCAUAUUGAG